AAAAUCAGGGCAAACCCAAAGAUGCGUCUCUGUUUAUCUUCCUUUAUCAAACUCUUGUUCAAAGCUUCUACUCGUUCUUCUUAUUCUUUCCUGUCAUGGACUCAUGCUUUUUAGAGGCUGUUUAGGUUGGUCCUGUCUCCCAUAUGGAUUUUAGAGGUCUGGGUUUGGAGGGUCUGGUGGGUCCUGAAAAUGGAGCUCCGUCUCAGGCCUCACUGCCGGAGACCAAACCUAUGGUGCUCGGAUCUGGGUUUGUUAAGCAAGAGAGAUCUUCAGAGUCUGGUGAAGAUCACCUGAGGAGUUCAAAAGUGCCCAGAACUGAUGAUUUCUCUGCUCCAAAGACAAUGACAUUGCAGCAGGGUACUUCUUUGUUGAGAUCUAAUUCAGGGGUCUCUGGAGAUACUCGCCCACAAGAGAAUAUGUUGAGCUUUUCUGCUGUCAAAUCAGAGGUAACUUUUGUCAACAAAGAUGGGGGGUUGGGAGAGAGGAGCACACAGGAUAGUGCUGGAUUUGCUUACUAUCAACAAAUACCCGCUGCUUAUUCUAGAAGUGCAGGUUAUGGUUCUGGAAGCUUGAAUGCAAGCAUGCACGGGUUUUCUGAGGUUAGAGGACCAUUUACUCCAUCUCAGUGGAUUGAACUAGAACACCAAGCAUUGAUCUACAAGUACAUAACUUCCAAUGUACCUGUACCAUCCAAUUUGCUAAUCCCCCUAAAGAAGUCUCUCUACCCCUAUGGCCUAUCCAGCGCAUCUGUUGGAUCCUUGCCUCCCAAUUCAUUGGGAUGGGGAACUUUCCAUCUGGGCUACUCGGGCAGCACCGACCCUGAGCCAGGGAGGUGUCGUCGAACUGAUGGAAAGAAAUGGCGGUGCUCUAGGGAUGCUGUUGCCGAUCAGAAGUACUGUGAAAGGCACAUAAACAGGGGCCGCCAUCGUUCAAGAAAGCCUGUGGAAAGCCAAACUGGCCAUGCCGCCUCUGGGACCACUAAUACCAAGGUGGUGCCAAUAACUUCAUCCAUGUCACCAUUGGUGAUAACCAGUGCUGGUGCAUCCAACAGCCUUGCAAUUGCACAGCACCAGUUCAAGAACUUACAGUCAGGUGCUGCCAAUCAAACAACUGCAGAUGCACUAAUCAACAGAGUGCAAGAUCCACGGGGGCUAUCCAUGAUGUCUACCACCAACUUGAAACCUGUUGACUCUACUUUCACCAUUACAAAACAAGGUAUCACGUAUUCGGAGCCCUCCCAAUUGGAUUUUGGACAUGUUGCUUCUGAUUCUCUUGUUAAUCCUUCCCAUAGAAGGUCUUAUGUGAAUUCCAAAGAGUAUGGUUCUUUCCCAGACUUCAAAGAUCAAGAAACCCAAGACCAAAAUCCACUUCACCAGUUCAUUGAUGACUGGCCUAAGCACCGAUCUAGUCGUUCUAUCAUUACCUGGCCAGAAGAACUUAAAUCAGAUUGGACCCAGUUGUCAAUGUCUAUCCCAAUGGCCUCUUCAGAGUUCUCAUCUUCAUCUUCCUCACCCACACAGGAGAAACUUGCCCUGUCACCACUAAAAUUGUCUUGUGAAUAUGAUCUGAUCCACAUGGGUCUAGGGGUGAACACUGACCUCAGUGAACCAACCCAAAAACAAGCCAACUGGAUACCAAUCUCUUGGGGAACUUCAAUGGGUGGUCCUUUAGGAGAGGUCCUAGCCAACAGGUCCAACACCACUAGCAAUGUCAGUACCUGCAAGAACACAUCAGCACUUAACCUCUUACCUGAAGCCUGGGAUGGCAGCCCACAGUUGGGAUCUUCCCCUGCAGGUGUCUUGCACAAGUCAACCUUUGCUUCACUUUCAAAUAGCAGUUCAGGGAGCAGUCCCAUAGCCGAGAGUAAGAUAACUCAUGACUGCACUACCCUUUGUGAUGAUAUGCUCGGCUCCUCUCUUUUAAGUUCUGUCUCCAUUCCAUCCAUAAUCUGAAGCUAGUAACUCCCGCAACAAAAGAAGAAACUCUGGAAUUGGUGGUGUUGUACUAUGUUCUAUGAGAGACAUAAGUAUAUUUGUGUUUUCCAGAUUGAUUUGUUUCUUCCUUGUUUGUUUUAACUAAUGGUUCUCUAAUAUUUACAAUGAAGACUUGGCUGAAUCCAAUUAAUAGGUACUGGCCAUACCGGUUCAUGU